AGAAAAACACCUAAAGGCGUGGCUUUAUCAUAGCUUUAGGACAUUGAGGCACACACCUGUAACCGAAAUCCAUUAAAGGACGCUGCUGGCGGCGUCCAUCUCAAUCUACAUUCAAGGUUUCAAAAUGAUGGAACAAGCACUAGAAGCAAGCAGUGUCAUUUCCCCUCAGGCUGGACCUGGCGAGGUGGAAAACCAUGCUCUCUCUGAUAUCAACAUGAGGAGAGCUACUCAACUAAUUGGCCGUCAGCUGGCUCAGAUAGGAGAUGAACUGAACAGCAGAUGGAGGGAGAAACUCCCCCAGCAACUACACCUAGACUGGCAGCUUUCUCCAAACAUGCUGAUCUGGAGAGCUAUCAAUAGGAGGAUCAUUGGCAGCCUUCAGUGGUCUAAGAUCCUGCCCCGGCUGGUUCCAGAGCUGCCCACACAAGCUUGCCAAGCAGCUAUAAAUUGGAUUGACUGGGUAAAGCCACACUUUCCUGAUUGGUCCUGCAAGACAAAAUGUUUUCUAGCUUCUGCUGCACUGCUGGUAGCUGCAACUGUCUUUACUGCAAGCAAGUUUUAAACCAGCACCCAGAUGGGGGUCAAGAGCGGGUCUUUGGUGGGUCUUUGAAUGGGUCAAGAAGGAUCUGUGUUCAUUUUUAUACAAUUUUAUAUGAUUGUUUUCUACUUGAUUGCAAAUUGAGUGCUGGUUCACAUGAUUUUUGUAAGUUGUUUGAUGUUGGUUUACAGUAGGGUCUGUUGCUGGUUAAUUGGGCCAUAUUCUCUUACCUCUUCCUCUAAAAUAACUAUGCCACACGAUUAUAGGAAGCUGGACUUUCAAAUUGAUGAUUUCAUCUCAAAGCAAUAAUAAAAAUUUUUGGAUGCUA